AUGGGUAGUGACGGAAAGACCGUGCCGCAUCUUCUCAGCACUUUCAGAUACCCUGCUACUAACCGUAGCAAGAUAUCCUAUGGCAUCAACAAGAGAGGGCCUGCUUCUCAAACCGUAUCCCCUCGUCGAGCAUGGCCGACGCCUGGAAAUAAACCAAGUAUCCCUGGGGUAGCCUUGAUGAAAGCCCCAUUUGAAGAAGACGACUUGGCGUUUGAUGCUUUUGAUAGGGAGCUGUUGGCACAACUGGAGCAUGAACAACUGGAUGUUCCCGAAAACGGCCCAAAUCCAUUUUCUUUUCGAGGACAGCCGUAUACACCAAACUCGAAGCUUUCUUCUAGUAACCUUCGUAGCUCUGCUACAGCUGCCGCCCCAACAGCUUCCUUUCGGGGAGUAGCUUCAAGUCCUUCGGAUGCGGUACCUUUUGGUAGUCCUUUGAACACGUCGAAAACCUACCAAGGGGCCUCGGUUUUUGAGGCAGAUUUUUGUGAGGUUGCAAGCCCUCACUGGCCGAAAAGGACAAUAUUCUCAUCUCCACAUACACCAUGUCCGCCGGGAAGUGCUACUCUUUUCACCAGUGCCUCUCCCUCUAAGAUCAAUUUGAGUCACGCACCACCUAUAAUACAAGGAAUACAACUUGUGUCUACGCAUGACUUACCCGACAGGUUUCGCUCCAUAUUUCCUUUUUCUGUGUUCAAUGCAAUUCAGUCAAAGAGUUUUGAUACAAUAUACCACACAGACGACAAUUUCGUUCUUUCGGCUCCCACGGGGAGUGGGAAAACGGUGGUCAUGGAGCUGGCAAUAUGCAGGCUACUCUCAACAAUUAAGGAUAGCAGAUUCAAAGUAGUUUACCAAGCACCGACCAAAUCGCUCUGCUCUGAACGCUUUCGUGACUGGCGUGCAAAAUUCUCUAGUCUUGACCUACAAUGUGCCGAACUUACAGGAGAUACGGAUCAAGCUCAAAUGCGCAAUGUGCAGCAUGCAAGUAUCAUUAUCACCACCCCUGAGAAGUGGGAUAGUAUGACGAGGAAGUGGAAAGACCAUUCUCGCCUGAUGCAACUCAUAAAACUGUUCCUUAUUGACGAGGUCCACAUUCUCAAGGAAGCACGGGGGGCAACAUUGGAGGCAGUUGUGUCAAGAAUGAAAUCGGUGGAUUCAAACGUUAGGUUUGUCGCCCUCAGCGCGACUGUUCCAAACUCAGAAGAUAUUGCGGCGUGGUUGGGGAGAGAUCCAACAAACCAACACCUUCCUGCGUGUCGUGAAAGAUUUGGAGAGGAGUUUCGGCCCGUCAAACUACAGAAAUUCGUUUAUGGAUAUCAAUCCAACGGCAACGAUUUUGUUUUUGAUAAAAUAUGUGAUUCGAAACUCCCAGAAGUCAUUUCAAAGCAUUCACAAAGGAAACCUAUAUUGAUAUUUUGUUGUACCCGUAAUUCUGCUAUAGCCACUGCGAAAAAUCUAACAAAAUUGUGGACAAACAUGAAUGCGCCGCAUAGAUUAUGGAACAGCCCUAAAAAGUCUAUUAUCGUUCAGAAUCAGGAGCUGCAAGCAACUGUUUCGGCAGGCGUUGCCUUCCAUCAUGCUGGUUUGGAUGCCAGUGAUAGGCAUACCGUUGAAAGUGGCUAUCUUGAGGGCAAUAUUAAUGUUAUUUGCUGCACAUCAACAUUGGCAGUUGGGGUUAAUCUUCCUUGUCAUCUGGUAGUUAUCAAAAAUACAGUGUCAUGGCAAGGUAAUUGUUGCAAAGAGUAUGCGGAUUUAGAGAUGAUGCAAAUGCUUGGCCGGGCGGGACGCCCACAGUUCGACGAUAGUGCCGUUGCUGUGAUUCUGACCAAGAAAGAGAGAGUGAGCUAUUAUCAAAAGCUAGCAGCUGGGUCAGAACCACUUGAAAGUUGCCUUCAUGUCAAUCUUAUAGAUCAUCUCAACGCGGAAAUCGGCCUGGGAACUGUGAGAGACUUAAAUUCUGCCACCCGAUGGCUGUCCGGCACUUUCUUUUUCAUUCGCCUCCAAAAGAAUCCGACUCAUUACCAACUGAAAGAUGGCUGUGAUAAAACAGACGAGGAAGAGCUAAUGAGACAAACUUGUGCAAAGGGUGUUGAGCUGUUACAAGAGUGUUCUCUCAUCACCCCUCAUGAACCUUUCAAAUCUACUGAGUUUGGAGAUGCUAUGGCUCGAUACUAUGUCAAAUUUGAGACGAUGAAGCUGCUCAUGGCCCUACCUUCUAAAGCUAAAAUAUCUGAGAUUUUAUCUGCCAUGACCCAGGCAGAUGAAUUUAGAGACAUUAGGCUUAAAGCCGGCGAAAAGUCUCUCUACAAGGAAAUAAAUAAAGGAAACGGAAUAAAAUUUCCCAUAAAAAUUGACAUUGGUGUUUCCGCCCACAAGAUUUCUUUGCUUAUCCAGUCAGAACUCGGUGGUGUUGAGAUACCAACCGGCGAACAAUUCCAAAAACAUAGACUAACUUUCCAACAAGACAAGAAUCUGGUGUUCUCUCAUGUUAGUAGGCUAAUAAGAUGCAUAAUAGACUGUCAAAUAUCCCGUGGAGAUUCAGUUGCUGCGAGAAACGCUCUUGAGCUUGCCAGAGGCUUUGGGGCAAGGGUUUGGGACAAUUCUCCAUUGCAAAUGAAACAAAUUGAUCAGAUAGGCCUUGUUGCUGUUAGAAAACUUGCGAGUGCAGGCAUCACGAGCAUUGAAUCUUUGGAGGCUGCUGAUGCCCAAAGAAUUGAUAUGAUACUUAGCAAAAAUCCUCCCUUUGGUUUGAAACUUCUUGGUCGACUUGCCGAGUUUCCAAAGCCGAGAGUUUCCUUGAAGAUGUUUGGAAAGGAAACAAAGCCUGGAAAAUGCCCUAUAGUGAAAUUCAAAGCAGACAUUGGUUUCAUAAAUGAGAAGCCUCCAACUUUUUUUCAUAGAAAGCCAGUUUUUCUUUGCUUUUUGGCUGAGACGUCAGAUGGUCGGAUCAUCGACUUUCGGCGAAUUAGUGCCAACAAACUGCAAUGUGGGCACGAAAUUGCUUUGAGUGCCGAAUUGUUAAGUUUUCAUCAAUACAUUACAUGUUAUAUUAUGUGUGACGAGAUAGCGGGAACCCUACGUCAGGCAGAACUAAAGCCAAAGUUACCAGAGUCUCUAUUUUCUAGAAUCAAAGAUGAUGUAUUAGAUUCGGUUGUCUCUACUGAAAUCUCAGCGGUACCAUUGAAAGUAGACAAAAAGAGAGCACCCAAAGAUCUCGAUGAGUUUUCGGACGAAUGUUUUGACGAUCACGAUUUCAUUGCAGCAGUUGAGAGUCUGGAUAUACCAACAGAAAAAAAACAACAAGGCAGUUUUUUGGUUGCUGCAGACCCAGAUAAAAGAGCCAGGGUUCAGGGGACUGAGAUUUCCUCUCGAAGUAAUUCGGAGGCACCUCUCCCGUUAAGCAAUGGAAAAUGGGAGUGCAAUCAUCGUUGCAAGGACAAGGCUCAGUGUAAGCAUUUAUGUUGCAGAGAAGGUAUUGAUCGGCCACCAAAGGGGCCCAGAAACGCCAUGAAUACCAAAACAAUAGAAACCAGGAAGGAGCCAAACACUGAAAAUGGGGAGCAAAUGUUAUCUUGGAAGAACUGUCCCAAAUUGAAUGUCAGACAAAAAUCUGGGGUGAAGAAUGUCACAAAUCCUUAUGAUGGCAUUGAUGUGAUUGACCUUACAAGUGGAAGUACCACCAUAAAACAUGCCCCGAGGUACAAGUAUGUUAAAAAGAGGAACGAAAAAGAUAAUGAUAUUUGCAAUCCAUUUGCGCCGGCAGAUGAUCUCCCAACUAAGCCUACCACAACGACCAUACGAAGGGAGCCAAAUGCCUCCUGUUUUUACUCCGAUUCAACUUCAGAAGAUGAAUUAAAUGCGAAUACAAGAUAUUCCAGAAACCAUGAGGGUAAUGAUAUGCCUGGUCUUUUCUCGCCGGAAACCACAUUUGUUAAAGAAGAAACUCCUAUACAAAAAUCCGUCCAACCCAUUUUAUCCGAGCCUUUCGAUUAUGAAGAAUAUUAUAACCACGGGUUUGGAGACGUUACUGAUACACAUGAGACGUUUGAGAAUGAGUUAACAGACUAUGAUCAAUACGUUUCAUCCGCUGAUAAGCCAAUUCAGAACCACAGCGACGACGGGGCCCUAGCUGUGGAAUCUUCAAAAUCUGAGACUCAUUCCUCCAUGACCAACACGGCGACUCUCCCCCCCUCCGGUGCGGACUCGCUAUCUGAUAUUGACAAUGGUAGCGAGCCUCUUUUUUGCUGGAACUCUCAGCACGAUAAAACGAAGAGGGCCCGAGGGAAUGAGGAGUUGAACAAAGAUACCUCUGGUCAAGACGCAAAGAGACCAAAACUCUAUGCAAAUGAUAAUUCAAAAAGCGACCUUGAGGUUGAGGGAUGGGAGGGAAUCGACCUGGCACUGCUCGAAGAGUUUAAGGAUGUUGUCGAAUUGUUCUAG